UCGGCCGGCGGGCGCAGGUGGCUUUGGGCCGCUGGAAGUGGACCCCGGAGUGCGGAGACAGGCCUCCAGCGGCAAGAGGAAAGCGACUUGUAGAUUCCCGCUGUACGGGUGGAAGGGGACAAACGGAGUCCACCUGUAUGCGCCUCCCGAAGUGCGCUCCUUCCGCAAAGGUUUUGGGAGCCCACAGGACAGGAAAUACGGUGCAUAAGGAACCGAAGAGAAAUGCUGGCGAUUCACACAGGCCCACGAUCGCUAACCAAUUGAGAUGUACGAAGCUGUGUCCCCGCCUAUAAAUUUACCAGGUAGCCGCAUCCCACCACACCCGCGUACGAUGAAAUUGAGUUUUCUCCCGUCCCCAAACUUGACUCUGAGAAAAGCGGAUUAAGCAGUUAACUUCGUUUUUGGAAAGGCAGAACAGAACGGAGGGGAAAAAAGAGAAAAACUCCUUCAAUAAGCAACACAACUCUUCUUUCCCAGUGUGGAAACUCCACGAACUGAAUUCUGUAACCUCAGUCUUCCCUCUCCAGCCGUCACCGAAUCAGAGUUAAAAGGGAGUCCUGAAGUACUCUAAACGUGCUUCAAACUGUCCCCUCCGAGGAGCGGUAGGAGUGAUGUCAUCACAGAGCGACGACAGGAAGUAAGCUUCGGGGCUGCUGUGCUCCAGUAGGUCGUGCGUGAGCCAACAGGACCUGACAGGAGGGCGAUCUCUCCCCUCUUUUUCUUACCGCUAUGGAUAAUGCCUGCGAGUCGCCCACGGAAAAAGGUGGAGAGGCAAGGGAGUCAGAUGAAACGGCCCCUGCUCCCGGGGUCCCCGGGCCUACAGAUACUGACGGAAUCCCGGAGGAAACUGACGUGGACGGAGAUGGGGACUUGAAGGAAGCCACGGCCGAAGAAGGCGAGCUCAAGAGUCAGGACAUCUCAGAUUUAACAGCAGUUGAAAGGGAAGACUCCUCUUUGCUUACUCCUGCAGCCAAAAAAAUAAAAAUAGAUACCAAAGAAAAGAAAGAGAAGAAGCAAAAAGUGGAUGAAGAUGAGAUUCAAAAGAUGCAAAUCCUGGUUUCUUCUUUUUCGGAGGAGCAGCUGAACCGUUAUGAAAUGUAUCGCCGGUCAGCUUUCCCUAAGGCAGCCAUUAAAAGGCUGAUCCAGUCCAUCACUGGAACCUCUGUGUCUCAGAAUGUCGUUAUUGCUAUGUCUGGUAUUUCCAAGGUCUUUGUCGGGGAAGUGGUAGAAGAAGCACUGGAUGUGUGUGAGAAGUGGGGAGAAAUGCCACCACUACAACCCAAACAUAUGAGGGAGGCUGUUCGGAGGUUAAAGUCGAAGGGACAGAUCCCCAACUCAAAGCACAAAAAAAUCAUCUUUUUCUAGAUCAAAGCCUAGAAAGGCCUGGUACUGAAGGAGGAAGUACUGGUUCUGGACUUCUUCCUACUACAUGAGACUUUUGCACUGGUGCUUUAGUAUCUCAGUCCUCCAAGGAUUCCAUGAUGAUUUUUAAUGUCUUUCUCAGAACUCUGAUAUUCAUCACAUCUAAAAGGCAUGCAGCCUGUUUCAUACAUGCUUGACUAAAUAUUGGGACCUCUUUGGGUAUUUUUGAGGCAUUUAACUGUUUGACUAGUUGGAAGAAGGUACAUGGGCCUUUAAGCAUCUUCUAGACAGGGAAACUACUUUCAGAGAGAAAAACCUUUCUAAGAGAGCUUUGAUAGUUUCACACUGAAGCAUGAAGUUGCUAUGACUUAGGUUGUUUCCUCCAUCUGGUUUUAAGUAAAUGAAACUACCAGAAGCUUUUGACACGAGAUAUUUUACCAUGAAGAACACAGUGAUAAUGGAAGUAGCAGAAAAGUUUGCCCUUGUAAAUGUGUAAAGUUCUCCUAUGGAUUAUGGUGAGUGAUCAUUAAAUGUUUUCCAACUUGC